AUGGUUAUAGUUAGUGCCGAAAUACUGGUGAUCUUCAGAAUAAUGAAAAUCUGUCAGAUGAUCAGUAUGGCAUUGAUUGGCAAUCUAGCAAUGCCGAUGAACGAGAUCAAAGCCCAACAAUGCAAGAACUUUCCAGUCUCGGGGGGCAAGCCAUUUUUGGCAAUUAGUUGCAUCAAUAAGGUUUCCAUGAUAGGCUCGAUGGUGGUCAGAUCAAGGCACAUGUUCUAUUCGAAGAUGGUGGACAACAAUCUACGGCUUAUGUCCCAGCAGCUGACGCAAUUUCUAGAAUCAGUUUGCAUCCACAUCGAGCAGUCACAGUCAUCAUCAGCAGAGUCUCAACCGACCGAUCGUGCAAUCCGAGCAAGCCAGCGUCACCCUAAGAGUUGCAAUUGUCAUCAAGAGUGCCUCGCAAGUGUAGUGAUCGGCAGUGGGAAACAAAUCAUUCUUAGAUCAGCUAUUAGUGUCGAUGGAGCAAUUACAACCAUUGCAAAAGCCAUCGCUGGAUCAAGAAGUUCACUUUACAUUAGUGGUAGUACAAGUUAUUGUGAUGCCAGUCAGAGCGGCGAUGGGUUCCAAGGAAUUCGGGACAACAAAAUUAUCGGUUAUCAAGGUCAAGGCCAUUCGACGAUACUUAAGAUCGAUGCGAAGCUUUAUUCUUUCAGCCGGCCAACAUACCCUGCUCAACUUUUUGAGUUCAUAACAUCAAAGACACCAUCCCAUGAACUUGUUUGGGAUGUCGGUACCGGCAAUGGUCAGGCUGCAACAGUUUUGGCAAAGGUUUACAAGAAUGUAAUUGCCUCGGACACUAGCGAGAAGCAACUGGAAUUUGCUCCAAAGCUUCCCAACAUUCGAUACCAAUGCACACCUCCUAAGCUAUCCAUGGCAGAGCUGGAACAGAACAUAGGAUCUGAAUCAAGCGUUGAUCUUAUAACCAUUGCUCAAGCUUUGCACUGGUUUGAUUUCCCAACUUUCUAUCAGCAAGCAAAAUGGAUCCUGAAGAAACCCAAUGGAGUAAUAGCUGCAUGGUGCUACACCAUACCAGAAAUCAACCCAACUGUUGAUGCUGUGUUUCAGAAAUUCUACAAUGAUUCCCAGCCUUAUUGGGAACCAGAGAGGAAACUAGUGGAUAAUAAGUAUGAAACCAUUGAUUUCCCAUUCGAAGCCGUGGAGGGAUUGGAGCACACUGGGCCAUUCAAGUUCAAAACGGAGGAGAGAUUGAUGAGUUUGGAGGAUCUUUUUAAUUACAUAAGAUCAUGGUCUUCUUACCAAACUGCAAAACAGAAGGGAGUUGAACUGCUGAACAAUGACGUGGUCAAGGAAUUUUCUGCUGCCUGGAAUGAAGAUGGAGAAUCUGAGAAAGCUGUUACUUCUCCAGUACAUCUGAAGAUUGGGAAAGUUGGAAUUCAGUUCUAG